AUGAAAUCUGACCAAAAGAGAACAACGGAUGCGUGUUCAAACUGCAUAGAUGGCGAAAGAUGUGUUAUAGAUUUACAAAAAGGUGAGGUUCAUUGUAUAGACCCUUGCAAAGAAUUGGACAAUGGAGGAUGCAAAAACGAUGGUGAAUGUUACUUUGAUAGAAAGGCAAACUCUACAAAAUGUAGAUGCCAAAGUGACAGUGACCAUUUUGUUUACUCUGGAGAACAUUGUGAAAUUGCUGUUGAGAGACUGUCCCUGUCGUCAACGUACAUCGCUGCGAUUGCUGGUGGAUCAGGGGGUGCAAUCGUCGUAGUUCUGUCAGUGGUCAUUGUUUGUCUUAUCCUACGAAAGAAGAAGCAGAAGGAUGUUGACAAAAAUGAAAGUAUGAGCAUGGAGGAGUUCGGUCGAUCUCUUACAAAAGGCGGCCUGCGUCUGUCUUCUGAUAUGUAUCCGAGAAAACGCGAGGACACAUUAACGGUUGAAGGGAAAGAACACAAGAUCAUCACCGACAGCCGGGGAAACGAGGUGUAUAUGUACCAGCCGAAUCCAGAAGACAUUCAACGACAGACUUCUUCGCGUGUGACGUCAUCGGAGAGAGGCUUCAACAGGCCAAGGACUGCAUCUGUGUAUGACUACAUCGACACCGAAUCAAGGUGUGAGAUUCAACGGCCAAUUCUACGCGCAAAUGUCAACAGAAUAUAAACCACUUAAAAUCAUAUUCCAAAGAAGCAUAAUAUUCAUAGUGCAGGACUACAUUGCAAACAUUGUGUACUUAAA